GCAAAAGCUGGAGGUCGCCUCACAUGAACAACGUCCAAAGAGAGAUCACCUUGGGCAUCCCGGCCUUCGCCGAUGUAGCUCGAAUGAGUCCGCCCCUCAAAGUCUAAGUACUGUGCGCUCCACUUUGCGGCCCACUCUUGACCUAGCUACAGACCGCAACCCGGCUGUAUGGCUGGCAAGAGAAAAAGCCAAAGAGCGGGGGGGACAUGAAAAUGACUCCAGGGGGCUCGGACGAAACCGAGCCAACAUCCCUCUACAUAAAGCUAGCACUGCUAAGGCUCCAUAUAUUAUAUGUCUUUACUGACUAACUUUGUCUCUUAUAUGACUAUCUCCGAUGGACUACAUCGAGCUGGUGGUCCUCAGCGACCACUUCCGGGUGCUCUUCAGCACGAGCCGGCGGACACCGCGUCCACCUUGCCAGCGGCCCAGAGCCUUCGAGCUGGCGGUCCUCAGCGACCACUUCCGGGUGCUCUUCAGCACGAGCCGGCGGACACCGCGUCCACCUUGCCAGCGGCCCAGAGCCUUCGAGCUGGCGGUCCUCAGCGACCACUUCCGGGUGCUCCUCAGCACGAGCCGGCGGACACCGCGUCCACCUUGCCAGCGGCCCAGAGCCUUCGAGCUGGCGGUCCUCAGCGACCACUUCCGGCUGCGCCUUGUCCGGCUGUGCCUUCGCGCCUCGUCCGGCUGCGCCUUCGCGCCUCGUCCGGCUGCGCCUUCGUGCCUCGUCCGGCUGCGUCUCGUCCGCUGCGACUUCGUCGCCUCGUCCGGCUACAUGCAGGAGUAG